GCGCGGGGCGGGGCCACGUUGGAGGCAGGGCUAGUAGCGGCGGCCGGAACGCGGGAGCGCGGGGCUGCGCGGCUGUCGGACCCGAGAGCGGCGCACCGCGGGCCGGACCGCCUAGGGGCGCGCGCCCGGAAGCGGCCGUCGGCGACCGGGAGGCAUGGCGGCCGCGGCACUGAGGGCGGCUCUGCGCCCGCCGAGCCGGCUCCUGGGAGCGCGGCCGACGCAGACGAGGGACGCGCACCAGCGGGCCUCGUUGCUGUCGUUCUGGGGACUCGUGCCCAUGAGAGCAGAACCUCUGCAAAAGAAGAAGAAGGUGGACCCUAAAAAAGACCAGGCAGCAAAGGAGCGCUUGAAAAAGAGGAUCCGACGACUGGAAAAGGCGAGCCAGGAGCUCGUUCCCAUUGAGGAUUUUAUCACGCCCGUUAAGUUCUUAAAUAAAGCGAGGCAGCGGCCGCCAGUGGAACUCCCCUUUGAAGAGAACGAGCGGAGAGCCCUGCUUCUGAAGAAAUGGGCACUGUACAAGCAGUGUGAGCAUGAGAUGGAGAGGGGCGCCAUUGCGUCCCUGCUCGAGGCCCAGCGGGAAGCUCUGCAGGAGCUGAAGCUCACGGCCCCAGAACUCCAUGCCGAGGCCACCAAGCGGGACCCCAGUCUGUUUCCCUUUGAGAGACAAGGGCCAGACUACACACCGCCGAUCGCCAACUACCAACCCCCGGAAGGCAGGUACCACGAUAUCACCAAGGUGUACACACAGAUGGAGUUCAAGAGAUAGAGCUGCAGGCAGCUGCCCUCAGGACGCUGCCGUUGGGAGCCUGCACCCCCAGGCUCAGGCCUGCUGUGAAUAAAUGCAUUUAACCAAG